AUGGCCACCGACAUGUUGGAUGACCGGGAGAUGAAAGAGGCUCAGCGCGAUUAUUUGGACUUCUUAGACGACGAUCAAGACCAGGGCGUCUAUCAAAGCAAAGUGCGGGACAUGAUCAGCGAGAACAAAUCCAGACUGAUUGUCAACGUGAACGAUCUGAGAAGACGUAACGAGGCCAGAGCCGCAAAGUUGAUGAGCAAUGCUUUUUCGGAGCUGCUGGCCUUCCAGAGCGCCCUGAAGGACCUGGUGGCUUCGGUUGAUGCCACUUACGCCAAACAGCACGAGGAGUUCUUCGUGGGGCUGGAGGGAAGCUUCGGCACCAAACACGUGAGCCCGCGCACGCUUACGGCCCGCCUCCUGGGAAGCAUGGUGUGUGUGGAGGGCAUCGUGACCAAGUGUUCACUGGUGCGUCCAAAAGUUGUGCGCAGUGUCCAUUACUGUCCCGCCACCAAGAAAACUCUGGAGCGCAAAUACACAGACCUGACCUCACUGGACGCCUUCCCAUCCAGCGCAGUCUACCCCACAAAGGAUGAGGAGAACAACCCCCUCGAGACAGAGUUUGGCCUCUCCAUAUACAAGGACCACCAGACUAUCACGGUGCAGGAGAUGCCAGAGAAGGCCCCUGCCGGACAGCUGCCCCGCUCCGUGGACAUCAUCCUGGACAACGACCUGGUGGAUAUGAUCAAACCUGGGGACAGAGUGCAGGUGGUGGGCACAUACCGCUGUCUGCCCGGCAAGAAGGGGGGCUUCACCUCCGGGACGUUCAGGACGAUCAUGAUUGCGUGUCACGUCAAACAAAUGAGCAAAGAGGUGGCUCCUUCCUUCUCAGCCGACGAUGUGGCCAAAAUUCGAAAGUUUAGCCAGACACGCUCCAUUGACCCGUUUGACCAGCUCGCCCGCUCUCUGGCUCCCAGUAUUCACGGACACGAGUACAUAAAGAAGGCCAUCCUGUGCAUGCUGUUGGGAGGCGUGGAGAAAGUCCUGGAAAACGGAUCGCGACUCAGAGGAGACAUCAAUGUGCUGCUCAUUGGGGAUCCGUCGGUGGCAAAGUCCCAGUUGCUGCGUUACGUCCUGCACACUGCCCCCAGAGCCAUCGCCACCACUGGGAGGGGCUCCUCUGGGGUGGGUCUGACCGCGGCUGUCACCACGGACCAGGAGACUGGCGAGAGACGUCUGGAGGCCGGAGCCAUGGUCCUGGCUGACCGUGGAGUCGUGUGCAUCGACGAGUUUGACAAGAUGUCCGACAUGGACCGAACGGCCAUCCACGAGGUUAUGGAGCAGGGCCGCGUCACCAUCGCCAAGGCUGGGAUCCAUGCGCGCCUCAACGCUCGCUGCUCAGUGCUGGCCGCCGCCAAUCCGGUCUAUGGCAGGUAUGACCAGUACAAGACUCCCAUGGAGAACAUUGGGCUGCAGGACUCGCUCUUGUCUCGUUUCGACCUCCUCUUCAUCAUGUUAGACCAGAUGGAUGCAGAGCAAGACCGCGAGAUCUCUGACCACGUCCUGAGAAUGCACCGCUACAGGGACCCGCGCGAGCAGGAGGGCACAGCCAUGUCUCUGGGUGGUUCGGUGGACGUGCUGGCCACAGACGACCCUGAUGCAGCAACGCAGGAACAGGAGGACCUCCAAGUCUACGAGAAGCACAACAACCUGCUGCACGGAACCAGGAAAAAGAAGGAGAAGAUCGUGAGUAAAGAGUUCAUGAGGAAAUACAUCUGCAUUGCUAAAGCCGUGACUCCGGUGCUGACGGGGGAGGCGGCCAAUCACAUCGCAGAGGAAUACUCCCGCCUGCGCUCCCAGGACCAGAUGGGCACAGACAUUGCCAGGACUUCCCCAGUGACGGCCCGAACACUGGAAACUCUGAUCCGAUUGUCCACGGCUCACGCCAAAGCACGAAUGAGCAAAGCCAUCGAGCUGGAGGACUCUGAGGUGGCUGUGGAGCUUGUGCAGUUCGCAUACUUUAAAAAAGUUUUGGAGAAGGAAAAGAAGCGUUCGAGAAAACAGCAGGACUCUGGUUCAGAGGACGAGGAGGAGGAAACUGGGUCCCAGAAGACUCAGACCAAGAGGGCGCGCCGUGGCUCUCAGAGCGGUGAGGCCUUCAGCCCGUAUGACUUUACAGAAGACCAUGAUGUCCCUGAAAUUCAGGCCCGCAGUCCUAAACCACCCAAACCCAAGGCGGUGGCGGAGGAGCCCAUGGAGGCCACUGCAGAGGGAGAGGAGCUGUCAGCAGACAGGCUCAAGGAGUUCAAGUCGUCGUUGUUCGCUGUGUUCCAGUCCGCACACGCCCAGUCCGUCAACAUGUCACAGCUGAAGUCUGACAUUAACAAAGAGCGAGAGAAGAGCUUCAGCGACGCAGAGGUCCGCACGGCGCUCACGCGCAUGCAGGACAACAACCAGGUCAUGGUGGCCGACGACAUAGUCUUCCUCAUCUAG